AAAAAAAGCGUCUGGAACCCUAUGUGUCAUAAAUUUCCUAGUAAUUGUGUGAUAUAUUUUUUUAUUUGUUUAAAUUAAAAUAUUACGAAACCAAAUUGAAAUGUCUAACGCAACUUCGCUGCAUUCAUUUGCUUUUCAAUUUAGCCCCAAAGUUGGUGAAAAUGUUCGCGUUCGAAACGCCGACGCAUUAGACAACGAGUUCCGCUAUUACAGUAAACUUAUUGAGGACCUUACUGUCCUUCUGACCAAAAAGGAGGACCGUGAAGCUGUUCCGCCAUGGGUCCAGAAGCUGUCGACUGCCGCUUACAGUGUAAUGUACCUUCGCGAUAAAAGGAAUCGUUACAUGCUCAUGCUAUGUCUGUCUUUGACCAUUGAUUCCAUUGAAGGACCAUUCAUUGUUAGUCCGCCUGCAGGCGUACUUGUUGAUUUACUGCGACUGCCACCACCAAUACCUGUUCCGGCUGAUUGGGAGUUAGACACUACUUGGGAGGAAGAGAUUGAACAGUACCGAAAACUCGAGAAAGAACAAAAGGAAAAAGGUGUGGAUACGAAGAACAAACCUCGAGUACAGUGUCCUUUUCAUAGGAAAGUUUGCCCACGGGAUGCCCCAACAGAUAGAAAGAUUGGAGUGAUCCUCGACAAACAAUUCCGCUUCCUACUAUACAUCAGUCGACCCUACGCCGCAUUGCUCUUUCGUUCUGCAGAUAAAAUUCGCGCUGCCAAAUGGAUUCAGCGCCUUUGUCUAAUCGAUACCGAAUCUUGUGCUAUUGCCAAAGGAGUUCGAAACGACUACACGAUGGUCCUGGUUGGAUACUUAACGAAUCGAUGUCUCAUUGGUCCCUUCCAAGAAUUUCCAAUGGAAAAGUUGAUACCACUGCCGGAAAUAGCGAAAAUGUAUGCAAAAGAAGGUCAACCAGUGACUGAUCCGAAUCAUCCCCGAACUGCCCAGUUUUUCCAAGAUAUGCCGACACCAGCUGAGGGAGCAUUUGCUUUGAUUGCCUGUACUGGAGAUCUAUAUGAACCUAAAUAUGGAUAGUCCAUGAGGGUAUUAUUUUCCUAUGAUUUGUAAGGAUUAUAGUCAAGGAAUAGAUAUUGUUUAGUGGCGAGGAUAGUUAAAUUAGUAAGCAG